AUGUCCUCAAAUUCACUCAAAGUCAAAAAAUCAGAACAAGAAUGGCGUGCCGUUCUAAAUCCAGCGCAAUUCGCCGUUCUUCGUGAAAAGGCCACAGAAAAAUCGGGCUCUGGGACCUAUGACAAGUUCUCUGAGAAGGGUAUCUACCGCUGUGCGGCUUGUUCACAGCCCAUUUACAAGUCCACUACAAAAUUCAACUCGGGCUGUGGCUGGCCUGCUUUCUAUGAAGCUAUACCUGGUGCUAUCACCUCUCACACUGAUAAGAGUUACGGCAUGGAGAGAAUUGAAAUCAGUUGCAGCUCAUGUGGUGGCCAUCUCGGUCAUGUGUUCAAAGGCGAGGGCUUUUCUACACCAACAGACGAAAGACAUUGUGUCAAUUCUAUCAGUUUGAAGUUCGAACCAAACGCUAACUUCGAUUAA